GAGAAGAAGAAUAUCAUGAGAGUUAUGGUGGCGAUUGACGAGAGCGAUGGGAGCUUCUACGCGCUGAAGUGGGCGCUUGAUCACCUCUUUGGGUCUAUUGGUGUAGCGCCGGAAACGAACCGGCCGGAAGAGGUGGGCACGGUCGUAAUGGUUUAUGUUCAGCAGCCCUUUCAACAAUACGUCUUCCCAGCUGGGCCCGCAUUUUAUGCAACAUCUACGGUAGUGGAGUCUGUGAGGAAAGCCCAGGAAGAAAAUGCUGCAGCAAUACUCUCACGUGCAUUACAGAUGUCCAAAGAUAAGAUGAUCAAAGCUGAGACCCUAAUUCUUAAAGGAGAGCCCAAGGACAUGAUUUGUGAGGCUGCAGAGCAAAUGCAUGUUGAUCUCCUGGUAGUUGGUAGCCGUGGCCUUGGCACCUUCAAAAGGGCAAUCUUAGGAAGUGUAAGCGACUACUGUGCACAUCAUGCAAAAUGUCCCAUCCUAAUUGUGAAGCCACCCAAGGAUUCUUCUACCAAGUAGUUCUUUCUGGAUGU